AUGGCGGACUCUGAUGAAGAAAGAACAAACGCUAAACUUCACCAAAACCAACCAUAUGAUGAAUCUCUAGAUGUGCCUGAUGCAGAAGAAAUAGCUAGUACCUAUUCUCCAACACCACGAGUUACUAACCCUGCAGAACGUGGUAUAAUGAGUCGAGGUAACUCACCACCACAUUCUGAACUCUCAGAUGAUGAGGAUGAUGAUGAUGAUGAUGAAUUUGAGGAAAUGAAGCAUCCUCAGGCAGCUAAGGCUCCAAGUCGAGGAGGACCACCACAACAAGCAGGUUCUCUACAACAGCAGCAGCAGCAACAGUUUCAAUCUGAAGAAGAAGAUGAUGGUUCAGAAUCAUCAGAGGAAGAUGAUGAUGAUGACGUUCAAGUUGAAGGGGCAUAUGAUCCAGCUGAAUAUGAUAGUUUACAAGUUACACCAGAAAUUAAAGAAUUAUUUCAAUAUAUCACAAGAUAUACACCACAAUCGAUAGAAUUAGAUACCAAGAUGAAACCAUUUAUUCCUGAUUUUAUUCCUGCUGUGGGAGAUAUUGACGCUUUUCUUAAGAUAAGUCGACCAGAUGGUAAACCAGAUACAUUAGGUUUAAGUGUAUUAGAUGAACCGUGUGCUAAACAGUCUGAUCCCACAGUUCUAGAUCUACAACUUAGAGCUAUAUCAAAACAAACAACAGCCAAACAACUGAUUGUAAAGAGUUUAGGUAAUGCUGACAAGAAUCCGAAACAUAUUGAAAAUUGGAUUGACAGUAUUAGAGAUUUACAUCGUUCUAAACCACCACCUAAUGUACAUUAUUCAAAAAAUAUGCCUGAUUUUGAUUCAUUGAUGCAGGAAUGGCCACCAGAAUUUGAAGAUUUACUAAAAGAGACUGGUUUACCAACAGCAGAUAUUGAUUGUGAUUUAGGGCAAUAUGUUGAAAUAAUUUGUUCACUCCUAGACAUUCCUAUAUAUAAAAAUUCAACACAGAAAAAUGAAAAAGUCCAGGCCUUACAUGUUUUAUUUACUUUGUAUUCAGAGUUUAAAAAUUCACAACAUUUCCGAGCCCUAGCCGAUGAAAAUAACAUAGAUAAUGGUUUAAAAGAUGAUUAUGGUGGUGAUGAAGACAGAUUAGUUUUAUAG